CGGGGGGAGAGCGGGGGUCCCCGAGCCUUUGUUUUGCCGUGGGGGGCUGCGCUGGGUCGCUGUCGGGAGGAACUUCCCCGUGCCUCAGUUUCCCCGCUAAGGAAGGGUUGAUUCUCCCGGGCGGCGCGCGCUGUCCGCCAGCUGUUGGCAGAUGUUGGCAGCGUUUUUUGACCCCCUGAGUGGUUUUUAGAGCUUUCUCGGAGAAUAAGGGGUCAGACUGUGUGGGAAGAGUCAGCUGCCGGCAGGAAGGUGUUUUGUACCAGGAAGAGAGAAAGAAUUUCUCCGGUUCAGAGCUGGAGCUGAACCGCAUCAAAGGUGAAGGGCGGGCAGGUUUAGAUCUGCGCAAGAACCAAGAUCAGGAACCAUGGCAUCCAUCCCAUCCAGCGGCUCGCUCGUGGCCAUGCACAACUAUCACAGAAGGCGCCUGAGCUCCACAUCCAGCAGCAGCUCCUGCAGCUCAGAGUUCUCUGGGGAGGUCAUCCCCCAUGGCCCAGAUCUGCCCAAGUCUGACCCUGGCCAGUGGUGGGCCAGCUUCUUCUUUGGGAAGACAACUCACCCGGCCAUGACAACGGUGUCAGAGUCCCAGGAGAGCCCGGGAGCCCUGCGGGUGGCCGGGGGAGCGGCAGCCCCGGGCGCGGCGCAGAGGCGGCGGCGCAGCGAGCCCGGAGCCGGGGCGAUGUGAGCGGCUCCGCGGCGCUCCCUCCCACCCCUCCCUCCAGAACAGCCGGCUGCUCCGAGCAAAAGAGGUGCUGCUUGCUGAUGGACAAGCACAGCAGCCCCGGCGAUUCCACUCCUGCCUUUUUUACUCUCUCCCGGUGUAACUAAGCCCUCUCAAACAGGUUUUUAUUACCCUAAACUCGUACAAUGGCAAUGAAUAAACUUGAGCAGCCUUUUAAAGCGC